AGGCCUCAUCCACCAUACUUUACAAGCAACAAAGCGCGCGAAAACUACGUUAUCGCUGCCCGCAUAGUAAUUGUGGAUUUAUGGUGUUUAUGCUGGUGUCUUUGAGCAGUGUUCUGUGAAUUUACGCUUUGUGUACCGUUAUUGCGUGGCCGAGGGGGUGAAAGUAGAAACACAAGAGCUAUGGAUGACUUAAUGGAAGAUUAUCCCUUGGACGAUGUUGAGAACGGAGACGGAGCUCCCGAGGAAUCUGCAGGAGCAGCGGACAAUGGUUCAGAACAGGAAGAAACAGGGGAAAAUGUUAAACCUCCUGUAAAGAAGCGCGUCGUUACAAAUCCUCGCCCUAAACUCAACAAGGAUAGGCUUGCUGGCGCCAAAGGGAUACCUGAACUCUUGCGAAUGUCCAAGAAUGUGCACUGGCGCGGAAAAGGCCAUGAGCUCCACGACUUAGACACAGCAUUGUCGCUACUUGAGCACUGGGGCCACCGCCUUUUUCCUCAGAUGGACUCCGACAACUUGUUCAGUAAUUUGGAACGACUGGGCAUGAAGAGGGAAGUCCAGACAUACAUGCGCAAGUUACGGAUGGGCCUGGAAGGUGAUGUUGGUGAACAGCUACAGUUUGGCGAAAACCUAGAUGAUGGAAUAGUGGAAGAAAAAGAUGAAGAACAGCCACCAUUCGAGGACCCCUUUUCAUCACUGCUUGCUGAGGGUCCACAAUCAACCAGCCAACAAGUACUCCCAGCAGUGCCACCCUUGUCUCAGCAGCCCAAGGACAUAACUGAGGAGUUACGUGAACGCAUGGAGAGGAGUAGGCAACAGGCACUAGAACGUCGACGUUUGAGGCUGGCACAGCAAGAGCUGCUGUCAAGAGAUAUGGAUACAGAGGAAGCAGACUUCGUAUCGGCUUUAGACAGUGUUGCAAAGGGUGAGCAGGAGACUGAUAUGCAGGAGGACACCAUCCAUCACCAACCUGAGGAGCGUGAAGACCAUGGCAUAUCAGAGGCAGCCAUCGCAUUGAGUUCAGACAGUGUUUCAAGUAGAGGAGAGCAGGCUAACACUCAAGAGACCAUUGAAAGGCACCCAGAAAACGUUGAAGGACACAGUGCAGCAACGACAGUGUUGAAAGUUGCACCAAUUGUUAGUGACGAUAGUGAAUGAAGUGGAGAGUGAACCUCGCUGUUAUGAUGCAAAGACUUCUGUGUUGUUUGGAGCUCCUAGCUGCCUUCCAGAGGUGAGAAUUUUUAGAAGAGAGCUGAGGACUUUUUCUCAGGAAUGACUGCACUUGUGAUGGGGAUUGUAAUUUCUUCUAGUGACAAGUAACAUUUGGCACCAUGGUGAGUUAUUUUGACUGUGUUAAAUUUUCUGCAGCAAGUACUGUUGUUUGACCUAUCUUUCAUUGUCACUUGGUGGCUCAGUUGUUUUUGAAGCACUGCCUGUUACACUAAAAUCCCGGAGGUAGGUUUGCACAAAGCAGCAGGCACUAGUAUUUCAGAUACUACCCUUCCCCCAUGUACAGAUUUUUUUUAGCUGGCUUAUGUCAGUUUCACAGCAACAUUGCUUUUCGGACAUUGCCCUUUGUCAUGAGUAGCCAGGCUGGAUGUCAAUUUUAGUAAAGUUGUAACUGUAAAUUAAAGUUGCUAUUAUAUAGUUUUCACCUGUUCAAUUUAUGUUGUGAAGCCAAGUGAGAAGUGUAUUUCUUUAAUUUCUGUUUCCAUUUACUGCAAAUAACAGUGAGAGAGAGAGAGAGAAUAAACAUUUUUAUUAGGUAACUGCA